AUGGGAGGGUCACCCUACCAAGUUUUAUUCUUAACUCGCUCUGUAACGGGAUACUACAACGUGGAACACCGGACAGACAUGGAUGGCGUCCCGGGGGUUACUCAGUAUCCGAUACCGCCCGGAGGGAAUUUCACGUACCGCUUUUCCGUGAAGAAUGAGUACGGAUUCUACUGGUAUCAUUCUCACUUUCGUGCGUCCUACGACGAUGCCAUACGCGGACCUCUUUUGACCCGGCCAGCACCGUCCCACCAUCGACCUUUCGAGGAACUUCCUGAUUAUAAAUCCGAUAGUGAUAAGAUGUUACAGGCUGAGGAAGGACGCUGUCUCUAUACUCUUGAAUGA